UUAAAAGAAGAAUCCAACUCGUAAAACAUUAUCAUCAUGGCCUUUGCCCGAUGCAUAAUUUUUUUUAUGUCCUUUCUCUUUAACUUUUGCUCUUCUCAUAAUGCCAAUGCAACUCUGAAUGGUUUUUCACCUGCCAUUGCUACAUGGUAUGGUCCACCAGAUGGACAUGGAACAGAUACUGGAGCUUGUGGAUAUGGAAAUGUGAGCCUGCCACCCUAUAAUUCUAUGGUUUCUGCGGGAAACCAAGCUCUAUAUAAGAGUGGCAAAGGUUGUGGAGAAUGUUAUAAGGUAAAGUGCACUGAAAAUCCAAUAUGCUCAAGAAAAUCCAUCAAAGUUUACAUAACAGAUGAAUGUCCCGGUGCAUGCAACAAUGAACCGGUUUGGUUUGACAUGGGUGGACGAGCUUUUGGUUACAUGGGAAAACCAGGUCAAGCUGAUGCCAUGCGCAACCUUGGAAGGGUUAAAAUAUGGUAUAAAAGUGUUUCAUGCUAGUAAAGAAGGGGUAGAGGGAGUUAAUCCAUUGGACUGCAUAUUAUUGAUUAUUACACAUAUUCAUAGCAUGGCUGAUUCAAAUGUCAUUACUUUCUAUUUCAAUAAAAUUUUAUUGUUUCGUACUCUACCAAUCAUGAAGAAACAAAAGGAAGAAAGUUAUCCGUGUAACACCCCGAUUCAGUG